AUGCAUUUAGCGCAAAGCCAAACUCGUUCCACGAACUCACGAAAUGUCCAAACUUCAUCUCGUGUUGCUGCCUUGCAUAAGGCGUCAGCGCACUGCCACGUUGUAGUCAUUUCUACUUGUAGUAAGGGCCGAGACGAUCUGAUAAUACUGACUGCGCCAUAUCGACCUACUGAAAUGAAGGUUUCCGAGACCUCGAGACUCGGAGGAAGGUCCCGUCGGGAGCUGAGCCCCGAAGCCGUCACCCAUGAGAUAGCUAAAGUUUAUGGCCCGGCCAGGCGCCUCUGA